AUGACCAUCAAAUCCGCCUCCACAACAACAACUCCGAGCAACCAUAAUAACAACACCAACAACAACAACAACAACUCGAAUAAACGUAACUACGGGCAGGCAAUAUUUAGGAGCUCAGGCAGUAGUCAAGAUUUGCACAAAGACUCUCAACAACGAUGCAGUGUGUCACUUCCUGCAAUUACUUCAUCCAAACGCCUUAGUACAAGCACAGCUGCAGCUUCCUCGGCGCGAAACAAGCGUACAAGCAAUGGAAAUACCACCUCAUCCUCCUCCUCCAUGAAUAAUACCACCAAUGCAAACAAUACAUGCUCUUACAGUGUUGUGUAUCGUAAUGGAAGUUCUCGUAGUAAUCAAUCCUCACGAGCAACAAGCCGAGCGAGUCGAGAUGAUUCAACUCCCUCGAGUGGAAGGAAUAGUGAGGACUUCAACUCUACAGAAAGCAUGAAUCUCGUUCUAGAUCAAGAAGCAACAGUACUUGAUGAAGACACACUCCAAUUCAUUUCUCUCAUGAAAAAGGAUUUGGCGGUUCUUCAUAAAAAACUGUAUGAAUAUAAGGCAGACGAGAGAGGUCAACGUUUGAGCUUGGAUGAUUUUUCCAAUGUAUCACAAUGUAUUUUCCAUCAUGACUCGUUCAAAACAAGAUAUUAUCUGUUGGAAAUGCUUGUUGAGAAAAUUGUCGAAUUGCAACAUCAUCUUCUUCAGAAAACUGAUCGGUUGCAAAAAUUCAUCGAAGUGGCUGAUAGAAUUAUGGAUGUUGUUGAACAAUCUAGAAAUUCCAAGGUUCAAACUUUUCAAAAAGAAACUCAAACGAGUGAUGUCACUCACAAAAAAUCAAAUUCAGAUUCGCUCCUGACAGGAUCAACGUUCGUUGAAUGGAAUGAUACCUCCAAUGAAAAGGAAUUGUUGGAAAAACAAAAGAUUGAAUUGGAAGAAGAAAAAUCGAGCUUGAGUACAAGCGUUUCCAAUCUCACAGAAAAAUUAUAUCAAACAGCCUUGGAAAAAACUGCUCUUGAGGAAAAGCUAAAAGCAUCAACCUUGAAAUACGAGUCUACAAUUUCGAAUCUCAAUUCACAAAUUGAGAAUCUUAAACAAAGUAUUGCAUACAUGUCAACUGAAAAAUCAUCACUCACAGAGAAAUUAAAUGCUCAACAAGGUGCAUUGCAUGAGACAGUGAAUGACUUGAAUCUUCAAUUAAGGCAAGGAAUGGAACGCAUUCAGCAAUUGGAGGAGCACAUUGGUAGAAAGGAGAAGGAAAUAGAGCAACUGAGAAAAGAAAACGAACUCACAAGGAAGGAGGAUGACCUACAGGAGAAGUAUUCCAAUCUUCUCAAAUAUAACACACAACUCGAAAAGGAUUACAAAGACAUGCUGGAAGAAUGUAAUCAUCUGGAGAUGGCAGAAAAAAUCGCCAUGCAAAAGGAAUUUCAGUAUGAAGAGUUGGUCAAGGAGUAUCAAAUUCUUUCCAUAGAGCUCGGUAUCAACCAAAAGCAAAAUGAAAACCUUAAAGAACAGCUCAAAGUCAUGCAAAGAGAGAAUCAACGUCUCAUUAAACAAGAGCAAGUAGAAAGUGAUUCUCAGCAGGAAAUUGUCUUGAUCAGAAAGGAUUAUGAGGAGAAACUCAAAUCCAUGAAUGAAAAAAUCAAGGAGCUACAAUUUAACCAUAUGAUGCAGUUGCAAUCUCUCAAUGAUACAUUCAUACAGGAGAGAAAAAUGAUGCAAAGGAAGGCAGACAAAUUUAAACAGAGAUGUGAUUUGUUAGAAGCCAGGCUUAAUGAGCUGGAGCAGCAAAAAUAG